UUUUAUUCCACCACCCCCCCCCCCGGGACAGGUUACGGACAUGUCGCCCCCAAGACGCCGGAAGGACGCAUCGUCACCAUUGGUUACGCCGUCAUAGGAAUUCCCCUCACCCUUCUCUGCCUCACGAACAUCGGUGACGUCAUGGCCACAGGUUUCCGCCUGCUCUACGGCAAGGUCUGCUGCGGCGUCUGCUGCACCCUCUUCAAGCCCCGGCGGCGGCGCAUACCCGUCGACCUGGAGAAGGGGCUCGGCCAGCCGCUGGUCACCACCGAGGAGGAGCAGCCCGACAAGCCGAAGGAGGUCAUCCACGUGCCGACGUCGCUGUGCCUGCUGCUCAUCGCCGCGUACAUCUUCGCCGGUGCGAUGCUGUUCUCGAUGUGGGAGAGCUGGGACAUCCUGACCGGGUCCUACUUCUGCUUCAUCACCCUCAGCACCAUCGGGUUCGGCGACAUCGUGCCCGGAAUGGACAGCAACGCGUGGGCGCACGAGGAGAAGCUGGUGCUGUGCGCGCUGUACCUGGUGCUCGGCCUGUCGCUCAUAGCCAUGUGCUUCAACCUGGUGCAGGAGGACGUGAAAGCCAAGUGCCGGUGGCUCGGGAUGAAACUC